AUGGUGUUAAAUUCAAUUUCAACUCUAUCUUCUUCAUCUUCAUUCCUCUCUGAUACUUCUUCCACUUCCAGUUCCACUCUCAUCAGAAACAGAACUUCCCCUUCCUUUCUUGUUGGAUUCCCCAAACCCCCCUUUUCAAAUGCAACUCUCAGACUCAAACCCUCUUUUUCCGCUUUAUCCACUCAACAAGACAAUGGGUCGCCGGAACAGUUUCUUAAGAACAAUUCCAUGGCGGAUUUCAUGCGUUUCAAGAAAGGGAUUGAUGGUGCUUCUGGUGUGUUGCAAACUGCCGUUGUUAGCUAUAAGAGGAAAUUCCCUUGGUCCAUUUUGCGCCCUUUUCUGAAGGUUGAUUUGAUUUCAACAAUUCAUAUAGCUGAUGAAGAGUAUUUUCUGGCCCUCCAAAAGGAGCUCGAAUCCUAUGAUUGCGUCCUGUAUGAAAUGGUAGCUAGCAGGGAAACUUUAGAGAAUAUGAGAAGCCCUAUAAAAAGGUUAAAAGGAUCGCACUCUAGGGGUUUUAACAUUUUGGGAUUCAUUCAAAGACAGAUGGCUCAAGUUCUCCGGCUUGAUUUCCAAUUAGAUUGUCUCAAUUACCAAUCUGAAAAUUGGCAACAUGCGGAUCUUGACUACGAGACCUUCCAAUUACUUCAGGAAGCAAAAGGUGAAAGUUUAUUUUCUUUUGCAAAGGAUAUGACUCUUAGAUCAACAAAGGCGAUGUUGAAGCCUUCAAUUCCGGAAGAUCUUGAUCCGUGGAGAUCCAAGCUUUUAUGGGCUGCAUGCGUACUUCCUAUGCCGCUGGUUGGCCUUUUUCUCAUCGAUAGUGUCUGUGCAAAUGUGGAAAGUCCAGUAUCAGAAUAUCCUGAAAUUGAGGCAUUGUCAAGACUUGAUUUUAGUGGCGCCAUGAAGCUCUUCCUCGCAAAAAGACUAACAUCCGAGUUGACACUAGCUACAGCAGAUGUAGAAGAGAAAUCAGUUAUAAUUGGGGAGCGGAAUCGAGUUGCAAUCGAGGCUCUCAGAACGGCAAUGGACAAGGGAAACAAUAGGAUUGCUAUACUUUACGGGGGUGGCCAUAUGCCGGAUCUCGGGAGGAGAUUGCGGGAGGAGUUCGAUUUAAUCCCAUCCGGCGUGGAGUGGAUAACAGCCUGGUCCAUAAGGAAAAGGAAACUUAAUACGAGUUCAUUUCCAUUUCUGAAGACAAUGGCUAGGGCUUCAGGUUGGCCGUUGAAUCGCUAUCAGACACUAGCAUUGCUCAUCUUUUCGUUCGUCUUGGCGUUGGAUCUAUGGUUUUGGGAGCUUUUCUUUGGCACCACAGUGGACUGGGUCUCUGAGGUUGCCUCAGAAGUUAUUCAGUAUGUUGAUAAUUCAAAGAUGAUAUGA